AUGAGCGCAGAAAAGGACGCGGCGGUUCCGACGCCACCCAUAUUCGUUCACACUCAAGAUUUGUUGGAGUCGCUGCUGUCGAACAAGGACAAACUGUCGAAACUCAAAGAUAGUCUCGAGCAAAAGGAGACGUACGAGCAGCAACUGCGCGAUCACCUCAACGCGAUCGACCGCGCAAACGCGAAGAAACGCGGCACGCUCGAUGCGCAUGAAAAUUUUGCGAAAACCGUCAACGAGAAAAACUCGCAACUGCGCGAAAGCGCUAGAAAAAUCAUCGACCACUGCAAAGCCGCCUACCACGACCGUAACGCCGUCGCGUCUCGUGUCGACGAACAACGAAGCAAGCUGGAAAAGUCGACGCGUAUGCAGAGUAGCCGAAACGACGCGUACGAAACGCGUAUCGAAGAACUGACCAGUUCGCUGAAGAAAAUCAUGGCCGAGAACAACCGAAAGAUGCGUGAGUCGAAUCUUAGGAAGUGUGAGGUUAGGAAACGCGCUAGUUUGGAGGCGGAGCUGAAACGUUUGGAGGACGAAGACGCCACUAUAGGGAGCGCCUUCGGCGACGUCAAUGCGGCCGCGUUGGAAAAAGAGCUCGAAGAGCUCGACGUUAAGUUGUCCGGGUUGAGGGACGAGAAAAGUCGAACGGAACGAUCAAUUAGCGAUUUCGACGUCGAGUGUGAAGCGACCCUUGCGAGGAAAAACGAUCUGGUUGGUGGCUUGCAACGAAAAAUUUGCGAUUUGGAAAACGAAGUGACUUCGCGUUCGAAGACUAACGACGAGUUGGCGAAACGCGGUACAGAAUUGUCGGAGGGCUUAAAAACUCUGUGUGCGCGUAAAGAAAGUUUAGAACGAGAAUUGAGUCAUACAGCUGCCACGUCAAAGUUGUUCGUAGAGGAAUCAGAGAGAACCAUCGCAUCGGCAGAAGCGGAAGCGAAUCAGAUUCGCAAAGAUGUCGGGGAAAGAAAAGCAGAAUACUGCGCUAUGGAGCAAGACAAAAGUCAGUUGCUCCAGGAAAUCGGACGGGUCGAAACCGAAACCGGCGAAGUAAACCAAGUGCUUACUGAAUUAAAAAGCGAAUUGCACGCUCUGCAAAAUACCCUCCGUUCGAUGGAAGAAACGGAAAUAGAAUUGAACGAGCGAUACGAUACGACGUUAGCCGAGAGCGAGCGUCUCGAAAGGCUCGCCGUCGAGAAACGUGAAAAUCAACGAGAACUGACCGAAAGAAUCGAAGCUCUGAUUCGCGACGAAGACGCGAUUAUCGCCGAGAUGACGAUCCGGUUCGAUGUCUCGAGGACGCAGCUCGAAAACGAAAUCGAACCGACGGAAUCGACGAAACGAAAUCUCGAACGCGAUAUCGAUGCGUUGGAAGCGCGUUUGAACGAAGCGAAGCUGAAGAAAGACGACCUGAACGCCGAAAGGGAGCGGAUCAAGGAAGAACUGAAGCGGGCUAACACGAAAUUCGACGAGACGUCGCAAUGCGCGAAACGCUUUUCCGCUCUGAUCGACGAGUCGCAGAACGCGAAAAAGGCCGAGGCGGAGCGAGCGCAAGCGAGCACGGAAUUCGUCAGUCCGCAGGUGGUCACCAAGCCGGUGAAGCGGCACAGUAAUUGGGACAGCGACAGCAGCAUCGAAGCCGAGGCGAUCAGGGACCUGCUGCGAAGGAAACAGAGGAAGGUUCGACCGCGUGUGAAUAAACCAGGAAAAUCCAAAGAAUAAUUGCGCACUGUCCACUUUUUCGCCACUUACUAGUCAUAGAUAUUAUUGUAAUUAAAAGUGUUGAAUUUUUUUCUUGCCUUUUAUAUCAAAUUUGCGCAAAAAAGGAUACUACAGAAGUAGACGAAUCAUUACUUAGUAAUUAUCACAUGUUGUUUUUGUUUUAGUU